AUGCUUUAUGAUAAGAGAAAGCGCCGUCGUCGUCAUAUUCGGCUGAUACGUCUUCAGGGACUAUUCAUGGUGCUCUUACUUCUUAUCUGCAUUCCUAGCGACUUCUUUCUCUUCCAGCGUGUGUACUUGCCAGAUUACAAGCUCCUUCGUCAUUUCGUGGACUCAGCAGCUCAUGGCAAUGUGGCGUUCUGCUGUUGGGCUAUUUUUCUGCUUCAGGCUGAAAAAAAUGCUAAAGCAAGGGACACCUCUUUCUCGGUCCUUGAAAUGCUUAAAAAGUGCUUUUUUAAUGGCAUCACCGCGUCGGUACUCGACGCUGACCAUUUUAUUGCUGCCGGAACUUUGAAUCUUACUGGAGCAACCCAUUUAACUCAUCGUCCAUUUGGUCACGCAGUCACUUUCAUUAUUGUAGUGGCAUUUCUGGUCAGUUGGUGCUCAAAGAAAUGCCCAACGAAAACGAGAAGCUACCGAGUCUGUUUUAUUGUCGUCGCAUGGUUCAGUCACCAGCUUCGAGAUGGUAUGCGACGUGGGCUGUGGUUCUGGCCAAUUGGAUCCACCCCGCCGAUUACAUACUUUUUGUACUUGUUGAUGGAGGAAGGAUUGCCAUUUGUAAUGGAGAAAUGGUGGAGGCAGGUACCAGCACGGACGAAAAUGGAGAAAUUGGAGCUUGCUUUAGACAAAGAGGCUAAUGAAAAGAUGAUUUAUGAAAGUAACGAAGAAGAGGAAUUGAGGUUGAUCGUAUAA